AGAUUUUCUACCAGUGUUAUUAGACAGAGAUAGAAUCAAGAGCGCGCGAAGCGCGCCUUCAUUCCUAGGAUUAUAAACGAUAAGCGUUUAAAAAUGACAGAUCAUCGAGGGAGUUCCCAGUUCUUCCGCGUCUUUGUAUAUACAAUCUACAUCGUGUAUAUAAUGCAUCACAGCAUCCGCACUGAAGUUGAUAAAGCUUAAGAUAAUACUAAAACUUUCUUACAAACCUCAGUGGUUCCCCGGCUUAAGUGUGUGCUUCAUAAAAUGCAUCUUUUCCUUUUAGUAUUUAGCAUACUGCCUAUAAAUAUUCCGACUACAUUGGAGAAAUCAUUCAGUCCUUCUCCUCCACUGCUGCAGUAAGGACCAUUUGCAAAAAAUUCAGCAAAUACCAUGAAGCUUUUAAUUGCUGCUGUGUCGCUGUUUUGCAUCGUCGCAUGUGCCCAUGCGACUUUUGCACCCACUAGACCUGGGCAGCCAUCAUUUCCUUAUCCUGGUACUGGAGGAGGGUGGCCCCCAAGAUCUACAGGACGAACUUUCCCUCGCCCUCCCCAAAAGCCCUUCAAUCAUCGUUUUCGUCGGGAGGCAAGGCCACAGCACAACUCCAUCAGUCUUGAGGGCGUUAAACCUCUGAGUGGACCAAACCGCCAGCCCUCCCUUGACCUCAACUACAACCAUCGAAUCUUUGAGGACCAUCGCGGCAACCUUGAUGCCUACGGAGGCGCGAACUGGGCGCCUGGCCAACUAAGCCCACACGCGGGACUCAAAUUCGAAAGAAACUAUGGAAAUGGCUUUAUUGGUGGCCAUGGUCAAGUGCAGCCGGGACCUGGAGGUCGCAUGGAUCCCUCGUUCGGCAUUCAUGGCGGAUUCCGAUUUUAAAUCGAAUCGGUUUUUUAUUAGUUUUUUGAACGAUCAUUGUAUGUACAUAUUUUAUAUUAUUUAUUAUAAUUCAUUUAAGAAAAAACGCGAUGACUGCAAAAAAUGUGAGAGUAUUGUAAUCUGUUAUUCCGGACUUGUAAAAUAAAACAAAAUUUUUUGAAAUUGAUAAAACAAUAUUUUACGUCAUUUGAAUAAUCGCUGCGGAGAUUAAGUUAUCGAAACUUUAGUGCAAGCAUCUCAGUAGAGUUCAAAGUUGAGCCUCUCUAAAAAAAGAGAUGAUCAGAUAUUGUGAAGCCGUUAAUAAGGCGAUUUAAUUGAUCCUUUCUUAAAAAAAA